AAAUAUAGUUAAUCCACGAUCGCUUUGUGACGUACUGGUUCCGUAUUUCACUAUGGGUGUAAAGUUUGCUUUAAUAUUGUUUGCAUUAUUGUUUGCAUAUCUUGGGAUUUAUUUAAACGUUCCGCUUCCCGAAGGCAUACAAGAAAAAUGGACACUGAAAGCAUUCCUUGCUGGAUUUAAAGUUGCACAUUUGAUGGGGUCGGUUGGCAGCGGUAUUGGAUAUGGCAGCAAUUUGAAUAUCACCAGAAUAACGUUUGGUACAAUGUUUGCAUGGACAUCUCAACCUAUUUCAUCUGAAGGAUUAGAGAUCCGUGACACCACUAUAGAAGAAGUACCAGUCCGUAUAUACCGCAAAAAUGGUUUGGAUGGGAAACUUUUACCCGUCCUAGUGUAUUACCAUGGCGGCGGCAUGAUAACGUUCUCCCUAGAUUGUUAUGAAAACAUUUUAAGACAAAUGGCCAAGGAGUUGGACAUUAUCAUCAUUUCUGUAGGAUACCGGUUGGCACCAGAACACAAGUUUCCGGCCGCAGCAGACGAUUGUUACACAGUAACGCUGAAUGUUCUUAAGCAAACAGACGUUUACGGAGGGGAUAAAACCAAAGUGGCAAUAGCUGGUGACAGCGCUGGUGGUAAUUUAGCGGCAGCCGUGUCUUGGCUAUUGGCAUACAGCACAACUGGUAUAGUCCAACCUAUAUUACAAGUCCUUAUUUACCCAAUGCUCCAAGCCAAUAACUUCCAAGUCCCUUCAUAUGUGAAACAGAGCAACGAGCUCGCGCUAGGUGGCGCUAUUGCGGGGGCGUGGUAUAUUUACUGCACGGGUAAAUCAACCCCUCCUGUUGCAGAACUUCUCGCCAACAAUCACACAUCGUAUGAAUUUAAGAAAUCAAAGUACUGGAAGUUCGCCGACGUCAGCUUGAUACAGCAUCCUAGGUACAAAGUAAAACACGUUGACCCACCAGGCAGUUUAUACAACGAAGAUCUUGCACGUGAGCUCGAGCCGUGUGUGACAGAUCCAUCUUUUUCACCACUAAUGGCCGACGACUUAUCGAAAUUGCCAAAAACUUAUUUUCUAUCCGCAGAAUUUGAUAUUUUAAGAGAUGAAAGUUUUAUGUAUGAAGCCAGACUAAAAUCUGCUGGAGUCGAGGUUACGCACGAGCAUUUGUACGGUGCUUGGCACGGGGUGGUUUCAUACACGAGGACAGCUACAGGUCGUGACGCUCUUCAAAAGGUCAUCAAAUUUUUAAGGAAUAAUUUAUGAUACAGAUACAAUAUUAGAGAAGGAAAUCAUUUAAUUUUUGUUCAUGUUUUUUUCUUUAAUUAUCUCCCUUUUAUUAGUUUCUAAAUAUAUCUUGAACAAAGCCCAACUCCAAAACUAUAGAAAAUUGGGUAAUGAAUAAAAGACAUCUGGAAAAGUAAUGUGACCAAGACUCGUAACUGGUGAGCCAAUUUUAGAGUAGCCUCCCUCAGUUUGUGAUUUUUCUUUUCUGCCCAGAGCAAAUGUAUAAUCACUUCAGCCACACAUCUUCAUUACCAAAACAGUUUCGAAAAUAAAUGAUUCUGCUCUCAAUUUUUUUAUUCCUACAAGCAAAUAAAAAAACAAACAUGCAUCGUAUUAUCAACAUGCGUCAACUGAAAUCUGAAUAAAACACACAAGACCUGGCCACCCAUUUAUUGCAAAAUUUUACGCCGGGGUUUGACAAUUCUAACAAUAUUUUUUCGGACAAAGUCCGUCUGUUAUCAGUUUGACUUCCUGUAAAAUUUACAGUGAGGGACUGAAUAUGGUAAGAAUUUUCAUUGGUCAUUUAAAAAUUACAAACUGAAAUCGGUGACACUCAUUGGUCAUUCUAAAAUAAAAUGUUCAGGAUAGUUCUAACCUAUAUAGGAUAGUUCUUACCAUUCUAAAAUAAAAUUUUAAGGAUGGCUGUAUGAUAAAAUGUAAGGGAUAGUUUUGUAUGUUCGUGAAGUUAGCCAGACAGCCGGAGCAGCAGGAACAAAUUUUUGUCUUGUCCGGCUGUUCCGGCUUCUCCCGCUAGCCGGAAUCCGGUUCCUGCAUGAUCGGCUAGCCGGAGAAGAUACAAUGUAGUUUAAAAUUAUUUAUCACCUCGAUCCAUGGCUAUUACGGCUGGCCUGAAUAACCAAAAAGAUGAAGAAAAAAAAUCCAGGAACAAAUUGAUGAAUAUUUGUGUCGUGCAAAGUGUGACUGUGGGUCCGCUGGCAAAGGUUUGUCCGUCGGGAAUGCUCUAGUAUUUUUCCGACGUGGAGCCAAAGAUCGUGCUAUAAAUAGUCAUUUGAACUCAAAUCUCGCCAAUUCUGACUGGCCCCUGUGAGGCUCCGCCUCAAUCGCACAGAAUUGCCACUAUAA